AUGGAACCAAUCCCUUUGCGAACGCUGACUCUUCUUCUCAACUACGAGAGAGCCGUCUCAGACCCGCGCUUCGUAGGCAUGAGAUUGCUCGAGAGCACAGAAGCAGAUCCCAGCCUGCCGCGACGUCUCGUCAAGAGUGACGGAAUCCAUGAGCAUUUUAAAGGUGGCCCCGAUACUAUUGAGGUCUUUUUUGAAUUGUGUCCCCCGGAUCAGAGACUCAGCGUCCAAAUGACAAGUGAGAGACCGAUUUUGAUUGACAUGUCGCCACGUAGCGUCAUCAAAUUCUCAAUUAAUGGUCCUUUCCUCCAUGUCGUAACCUCAACCCCGAAGGUUACAGGUGGCGCAGGAGAUUCCCACAUAAUGACAACCGGCUCCAAAGACAGCGAAGACCAUGGUGUGCUCGCGUUUCCAUGCCCAGGAAGAAAAGACAAACAGCAAUUUGUCGUUGACAUGACUCGGAUGGAGUAUGGGGAAGUCGGACGCGGCACGUACGGCGAAAACUACUUUCUGGGAACACUGGAAGGUUACAUGAAUUCGAUGAGGGGGGUAUGUGUGGAUCCCGAACGGGUAAACACCUGGGAUGCAUGCUGCACAGCAUUGGGGGGUGAGACUGAAACGAGGAUGAAGACAUGCGCUAAGAGGGUUUGGGAGAGGUGGCAGAAUAGGGAUUCCGAGGGUUGGUGUGAGCAUUGUGGAAAGGGAGGGAAGGAGUUGAAGAGAUGCAGGGGUUGCAGGAUGGCUAAGAUUUGGUGGUGCUGCAGAGAACAUCAACUUGCGGGAUGGAGUUUACACAAACACACGUGUGAGAGGAGAACUGACUAA